CAAGCUAAGACUGCACGAAGAACGGCGUCCGCUGAUUUUUUCAUUCUGCUGCGUUCAGCGUCAACACACUGUCUAAUAUUCAAGCAGUCGUCUAAUUUCAGGAAAGAAAUAGGGUAGAAGAUGGCUUAUUUAACGACGAACCCUGCUGCGAAAGAGAGGUUUUUGUGUAUAUAUCCAGCUUACAUAAACAGUAAAAAGACAUUAGCGGAAGGCAGAAGAAUACCAAGUGAAAAGGCGGUGGAAAAUCCUUCAUGUGCUGAAAUUAGGGAUGUUCUAGCUGCUGCAGAAAUGAAUGUCUAUGUUGAGCAGCCCCGUAUGUAUCCAAGGGAAUGGAAUAGAGAUGCACAGUUCAGAGGAAGAGUGAGAGUUCAAAUCAAACAAGAGGAUGGAAGCUUGUGUCAAGAUAAGUUUACCUCAAAAAAAGAUGUUAUGUUCUACGUGGCUGAGAUGAUACCGAAGUUGAAGACUAGGACACAGAAAAGUGGGGGCAGUGACUCAGGAGCACAACAAGGAGAAGGAGGAAAGAAGGGAAAGAAAAAGAAGAAGUAACUGCAUUUCUAAAAAUUGAUUCAUCUUGGCAAUUUUUUUUGCCAGCUGACCAGUACAGGAAUGGGUGAUGAUGGAGGUUUAGACAACUAGUGUUUUUUUUUUUUUUUUUUUUUUUUUUGAAACUUGUUUUAAUCAGCUUUGUGGAUACAUGUCAGUAGACAAGCUCUGCAUUUUUGAAGUAUCUGUUUUGUUUACGACAGUAAUUCUAAACAGUCUUUUCACAGCCUCUUUAGGCUUUAGUUGUGUUAACAGCUGGAAACAUACAGAACAUGUAUCAGUGAUUUAUCAGCUUGGAAUAUACAUGAAAAUAUUAUCAGUGAUUUAUUUACAAGAAUGACUGUUUAAUCACUUACUUUUUCAGCAAAGAAUAAAACAAAGAAUUCAAAAUGCAGUUGAUCACUUCUAGCUGAUUUUUUUUCUUUGUUUUUGUUAUUUUAAAUCCAGUAGAGUUGUCAAAGCAUAUCUUUACAGCUAUGCGUUUCAGUUCAUAAUAAGUAAUUGCUUUGAUUUAUUAUGGUUAUGAUUUUCCAUUUAACUGUUGAAUUGCGCAUAUGGUUUCUAUAACUGUCCAUAUUUGUCAAAUGACUUUUAAAAUGUGUUGUACCUUACACUGAUGUAAUUAUUUGUUCUUCAUUCAUUGUCUAUUGAGCACCUAAAAGGCUGAGAUACUGUGAAAAUGCUAAAAUCACUGUUAGUAAACAAAGGACAUUCGUUAUUGUUUCACCAAAGCACAAAGUAGCGUAGUGUUUUUGAAGAGAGGAAUUUUUGAAGAUUGAAUUUGAGGUUAAAUAGUUUUAAUUAAAGUGAAACUUUGUUAGGUUAGUGUUACUAUUUAUUUAAUGCAAUUCUAUACAGUUGAGUGGGUUUCUUUAAGCUGACAGUCAAAAAAAACUGAAGCACUACUAAGUGGUGUUAAAAUAAAGUUUGCCUAUUAUUAUUUAGUACCAUCAUCUCAUACACAGAGAUUAAGAACAAAUUUCACAGGCUUGUCAUAUCUAAUCUUUGAUUUGUAUUUUUAUUGCAUUUGAUCAUUGCCAAGUACGUUGAUUUGUUGAAAUUUUGUGGAAGGUUAACAUCUAUAGCCACAGGGAUUAUGUAUUUCAACAGGGGUGUAAACACAUUGAUAUGCCUGAUAUGUCUUUGGCAAUCAGACAGUUUAUACUUGCCCAUGCCCUUCACACCACCUGUUUGUUGUAGAGGACUGUAGUGACAAGUGAAAUGAGACUAGUUUUGUUUAGAUUACUUGCUCUUGUUGAUCAUAUUAGCUUUCAUUGUACUGAUGAAAAGCUACUGUACACAUCCAAACAGACAUCAAAGAGUGAGCGGAGAGAAAACUUUAUUGACUAUGCAAUAUUUGUGCAUUGAAAUGUCAAAGGUCAUUCUUGAUCAAUCUGCUUGACUACAGUUGUCUUUAAGGCAUGUCCAUCACCGAAAUUCUUGAGAUGUUUUGUUCGACUCUCAAGUCGCAUGAGCCAUUCAUCACGGAGCCUACAUAAACACAUUAAACACAAGUUAAAAUUGGCAGUUGUGCAAGAGGCACAAUUGAGCUUAACAGGAUAAGCAAUAAUUCAUGCAAGCUUGUUCCUAAAUAACUGAUGAGUGCAAAAUCUCUGAGCAACUGUAGCUUUAUCCUCCACCAGUUUUUAGUUAUGGUUCUAUUUCUGUAACUCUUCUACGGUCACAGUUUUUAGAUGACCAUUUGGGAAUUCUUAAAUUACAAUGUCUGAUUAGAAGCUUCAUCACCAUUAGGAACAGGCUGAUGUAAAAAACUAAGCAAAACAUACUAAAAUCUUCUAACCAGACGUUUUUUCUAGGUAGUCUACUCAAUUAUCUGAAUUCUUUUAUUGUAAACCUGGUUAAUACAUCUUAGCAAUUUUUGUUAUGACAAAAGUUGACAGGCCAACUUGUCUGAUUUAUUUUGGAUUUUUGUACAAUAUUACAGUAUUUAUGAGUGAGAGACCGCGCUGCAAAUAAAACGCACAAACACAAGAGAGCAACUUCUUACUUUGACAGAGCGCUGUUCUUCGUCCUUUGUUCCUCAUUUUCUGUGAGCUGGUUAUGCUUCACAAUUUUUUGCUCCCAGAAUGUUUUGAUGAACAGCUUGUCAUGAAUUAGUGCCGCAUUCAUUUCCUAUGUAUCGGGAAAAAAUUUGACUCACCAUGACUAACAAAACUUUUUUUUUCCACUCAGUAAUUAAAAUAUUAGCCACACAGUGAGUAUAAGCAGAAAAUGGGCAAACGGUGAAAUACAGACAUAUCAUCGCUGUCGGAACAAAACCUUGUAGCUCCAAAGUGGUAAUGUUAUAAUAAGAAAAAAAAGACAUCUAACCCUUAGCAUACUCACUGUGUUAAUGUAAGAAGAUUUUAUUCCAAAUUAUUCUGGACCAUUUUAAUUGGUCUGUUCAUCAUGACAUAUACAGACAGUGUAAAGAGCAGCUGAUGUUUUCAAAUUUUGUAAAAAAUAAAUUAAUAAAUAAAAAUGACAAAAAUAGAAAUACAAGGUUGUGUUCUGACAACUAUAUGUUAAAGUAAGCAAAAGCAUUCCAACAUGCAUCUAUCCAUAUCUAUGUUCAUUUUGCUAGAUAUAACAAGGCAUGCCAAAGCAUCGCAUCAUGGUAAUCUUACGUUUCAUUGGAGCUCUGGACCUUAGUUGUACAAAAUGAUGUUGCUGGUUUAAUAGCUUAAGGUUUGCCUGUGAAAAGAGUAAUAUAUACUGAGACUAACCUAAUGGAGAGUGGUAGCCUUUCAGUGUUACUCGGAGUGAAAGCUGCCUCUAAUAGAAGCACUAAAAAGGAAGAUUACCUUCCCAGUUCCCUCCCCAGAGAAGUAUACGAAAGAACCAACUGUGCAGGGGAACUAAGUAAUAUUUGAGAUGUUGGAAGCUGCAGUGGAAUUGUGCCACAAUUCCCACUGUGCACCAUGUUGCAUCAGAUGACAUUCGGAUUAGUGGAAACCCAUAACAAUGUUGUAGUACUCAACAGGUGCCACAGAGUCAUAAUAAGCACAAGCUUCUCAGAUCGCUCCCCAUCACCGACGAUGUACUCGGGGUGAUGUAUUUACAUGUUCUGGUGUCACUGCAGAUCGUCAGCAUCAGCAUUUAAAGUAAUUUAAAUUGGUACGCAUCAUGGCCAAAGUAGCUGGCAGGACAAAUGGGAAUAUGCAAGCAGCAAAGUACUGCUGGUUGCCUUGGAUCUUAUUACGGGGGGCAAACAACUGAUGUCCAUAUCAAGUUUACAUCUGUAGCCCAUGAUCUGCGUUUUAGACAGCUUUGGACUAAUAAUUGUUAAGUCAGGUGUAUCAAGCAUCCUCACUUUUGGCAUUCUAAAAAAAACGCAUAUUUGAGGUGGAAACAGUUGUAACAGUUAUAAUAUGCCUUAAAAAUAAACAUUAUAAUCAUUGA